CUCGGGCUUAUAUCCUAACUUCCGUGUGCUCCAUUUGCCUUUUUGAGACGAGCUCUUCGGUAUCAGUAAUCCCCGUGCUGUUUCGCGACCAGAGAUUUCGCGGCCGAGAGAUUAUUCGCGCGAUAUUCCGUCCAUCUAUUGUUUAUUUAUUGAAACAUCCAUCGCCAACUGCAAUUACUCUUCAGCCGAGUCGUCCAGUCACCUGUUGUGACUACCACGUCCUCGAAGAUGGAAUACCGCUACAACCUUGGGACCUUCCAGCGGAAAGUCAGCACCACAAAUGCCGCCGCACAAGCUUGGUUUAACAGAGGCUUAGUGUGGAGCUAUGCAUUCCACCAUGAGGAAUCGGCGAGAUGCUUUGAGAAAGCGAUAGGAGAGGAUCCGACUUUCGCUAUGGCGUACUGGGGACGUGCGUUUGCACUUGGGCCGAAUUACAACAAGCCAUGGGAUCUAUUCGACGAGACCGAUCUGAAGAACACGCUGGAGCAAAUCAAUAACGCUAACACAAGAGCGAAGGAGCAUGCUCAAGGCGUUACGGAACUCGAACGAGCUCUCAUCGAUGCGAUACAAUCCCGGGUACCCCAAGGUCUAGACCAAAUUGCUUUCCGUGCUUGUAACGAAGCGUAUGCGGAAGCCAUGGCACUCGUCUACCAAAAGUAUCCUCAAGAUCUCGAUAUCGCGUCCCUGUACGCAGACUCGAUCAUGAAUCUCUCCGCGUGGGAUCUGUGGGACCUGAAAACGGGAGAACCUGCCCCUGGAGCUCGCUCACCGGAAGCCAAAGCGGUGCUUGAUGCUGCCCUAUCCCAAGACGGCGCAUAUAAACACCCAGGCAUCCUGCAUCUGUACAUCCAUCUAAUGGAGAUGUCGAAGACGCCUGAAAUCGCUCUCGUCGCAGCAGAUCAUCUCCGGAACCUCAUCCCUGACGCUGGGCACCUUGUCCACAUGCCAUCUCAUCUUGAUAUCCUAGUCGGCGACUACCGGCGCGCUAUCGCAUCAAACGCAGACGCCUGUCUCGCGGACGAGAAGUACCUCGCGGAGCAUGGAGGAGACAACUUCUAUGCCUUCUACCGCCUCCACGACUAUCAUUCGCUCGUGUACGCUGCAAUGUUUGCCGGGCAGUUCAAGACCUGCAUCGACACAGUGACGCGCAUGGAAGCCUCACUCCCCGAAUCCCUUCUCCGAAUCGAAAGUCCACCGAUGGCAGACUGGCUCGAGAAUUUUGUCUCAGUGCGCAUCCACGUUCUAGUGCGUUUCGGCCGGUGGAAGGAUCUGCUUGCGCUCGAGUUACCAAAAGACGAGGAACUGUACUGUGUUACAACGGCUAUGAUACACUAUGGCAAGGGCAUAGCGUACGCAGCAACAGGAGAUGUCAAGAAGGGAGCGGAAGAGCGAGAGUUGCUCUGGGCCGCCGUGGAUCGCGUCCCUUCUGCCCGCAUCGCCGGUGACUUCCCGAACAAGAGCAACGUUGUAUUGCAAGUCGCCAAAGCCAUGCUCGACGGAGAACUAGAAUACCGCAAGGGCAACUAUGAAGCUGCAUUCUCGCACAUCUGCACAGCAAUCGAGCGUGACGACGCACUUAACUACGCCGAGCCGUGGCCAUGGAUGAUGCCGACCCGCCAUGCAUACGCUGCCUUGAUGAUGGAGCAGGGAAACGUUGAAGAGGCUACGCACGCAUUGACAGCGGACUUAGGGUUCGAUGAGACGCUGCCGAGAGCUAGACAACACCCGAACAAUGUGUGGGCGCUGCAUGGAUAUCACGAGUGCCUAGUAAAAUUGGGAAGAAAGGACGAGGCUGGAAUUGUGAUGCAGCAGUUGAGGCUGGCACAGGCGGUUGCUGAUGUGCCUGUGAAGGCGGCUUGUUAUUGUCGGACGUCGUGCUGUGGACCCUAAGCAAAGACUGCAAGAUGCGCGUCAAGAGCACCUGGAAAGAUGGGAAUCGAUCAGCAUCAACUACCUAGGUAUGAUGGGUAAUGGACAAUUCAGAAUGUGAAUUGUCUCGCAUCUCUGAGAUCGGGCAGCAUCGCCGUUAACGAUGUGAUGCUGUCUUCGGCUCACUUGCAUAUCUUCCUCCUAGUCACGAAGACGGACCGACCGGUUCCUCCCCUUUCCUGUUGAUCAAAGAGAUGAACUGAAGAUCCAAGGCAUCCCGAUUGAUAGAUUGCAGAUCAUUGAUGCCUUGCUCAUAACUCAAGCCCCAAACCUUGGCUUUUCCGGCCCAACUUUGGACCUGAAGGCCACCGGCGUUAUAUAGCCGGGGUCGCGAACGUACAGC